CAAAAUUAUGUUUUGACAACUGCGACUUUCAAAUGACACAAUUUUUAUUAAAAUGAUAAAUAAAUAGUGAUUUACUAUUGAAAAGAACCACGCGCUAAUGUUUAAUUAAAAGCCAAGUUAUUGAAAAUGAAGUUUUUACGUUUUUUCUAACCGGUGUGAAUUACUACCAAAAUGAGGACUCGUAGUAAUUCAGGGGUGCGUUUAGAUUAUUACCAGCGGGUUGUGCACAAGCUAAUUUUAGAUCACCAGCAGCCUGUCACAGGAUUGUUUCCCGCAAGCCCUCACAAUGAUCAUGCUUGGAUUAGAGACAACCUUUACUGUAUUUUGGCAGUAUGGGGACUAUCUAUGGCGUUUAAGAAAAUUGCUGAUCAAGAUGAAGACCGUGCCAAAACAUAUGAAUUAGAGCAAAGUUGCGUCAAGCUAAUGAGAGGUCUCCUUAUGGCUAUGAUGCAACAAAAAGACAAAGUAGAGAAAUUCAAGAGUACUCAGCACCCCUUGGAUUCUCUCCAUGCCAAGUAUUCUUCUACCACCGGCCGCAUCGUGGUCAAGGACACAGAGUGGGGUCACCUACAGAUUGAUGCUAUCUCCCUCUACCUUCUCAUUCUUGCGCAGAUGACAGCAUCUGGCCUUCAAAUUGUUUUCUCUUUAGAUGAAGUUUCAUUUAUCCAGAAUUUAGUGUUUUACAUUGAAUCAGCAUAUUGCACUCCUGAUUAUGGAAUUUGGGAAAGAGGCGACAAGACUAACCAUGGUCUGCCAGAGUUAAAUGCCAGCUCCAUUGGCAUGGCAAAAGCAGCUCUUGAAGCUAUGAAUGAGUUGGACUUGUUUGGUGCUCGUGGUGGUCCUUCUAGUGUUAUUCAUGUGCUGGCUGAUGAAGCUCAAAAAUGUCAGGCUGUACUGCAGUCCAUGCUGCCAAGAGAAUCAAAUAGUAAAGAGUUAGAUUCAGGUUUACUGUCUAUUAUAAGUUAUCCAGCUUUUGCUGUGGAUGACCCCCAGUUGAUUGCAAUAACAAGGGACACCAUUGUUGCUAAACUCCAAGGGAAGUUUGGAUGCAAGAGAUUCCUCAGGGAUGGACACAAAACACCAAGAGAGGAUCCCAAUAGGUUGUACUAUGAGCCUUGGGAACUUAGGAUGUUUGAAAACAUAGAAUGUGAAUGGCCAUUGUUCUUCUGUUACCUGAUAUUGGAUUAUUGUUUUAAAGGUGAUAAAAACAAUGUGACAGAGUACACACAGUUGUUGGAAAAGAUUAUGCUAAGGAAAGAUGACGGUAUCAAGUUGGUUCCUGAACUGUAUUCAGUGCCACCUGACAAGGCUGACCUGGAACAGCAGAAUCCAGGAAGCCAGGAGCGAAUACCCUUGGGCAGGUGCCCCUUCAUAUGGGCCCAGUCUUUAUACAUUCUAGGAAAGUUAUUACAAGAGGGUUUCCUAGCUGUUGGAGAAUUAGAUCCUCUUAACAGAAGGUUAUGUUCAGAGAAAAAGCCCGAUGUGGUUGUUCAGAUUGUGAUUCUUGCUGAAAAUAAUGAAAUCAGAGAUAAAUUACUAGAGUAUGACCUGCAUGUGCAAACUAUCAGUGAUGUGGCUCCUAUUGAAGUCCAACCAGCAAGAGUUUUAAGCCAUUUGUACACAUAUUUAGGUCGUAACAAGAAAUUAGGUUUAUCUGGCAGAAAAUCCCGUGAUGUAGGUAUUUUAAGUACAAGCAAACUGUACUCUUUGAAUGACCGCAUAUUCGCAUUUACACCACAGAACUUCGACUACGAAGAAUACUACAUGUCGCGCGACCCGGCGCUCCUCGCCAGCACGUUCACGGCUAACGUCGCGUUCCUUGGCAUGAGCUGGAAGCAAAUGCUUGGCCGACCGACGAUCACAUUACUCGCUACACAGUAUUUGUUAGAUCAGGGUAAAAUCCCGAUGGCGAUGAUAACGACUAUGAAAAAGCUUAAAUCUGGUUACAUCAACGGUACAAGAGUAACUCUUGGUAAUCUCGGAGAGUUUUUGAGCACAUCCGCCAUUACUAAUUUGAGUUUCCUUGGCAGUCAAGAGGAUGGAUAUCCUGAUAAAUUAAACCCAGAAGUUCAGAGUUAUUUAGAAGAGCACUUAUUGAAGUCGUUUAGCAACAAGAUCAACUUCCUGCCACGUCCAGCUGGAGCUAGGAAUGCACGCGCAAUGCGCCGCCGUAUGUCUGUGCGUGGAGCUAUCAAGAAAACUAGAUCUAUCAAUGUGGAUUCUGAAACGUUAGGUAUGGAAGGAGAGUCAGUGGGUCGUUCUUUGGAGCGUAAGCCGUCGUGGCUUGAUGUGGACCCUGCUACUUAUGGACGCAGUCCAUCGCCUGAGGAUGCUAAACGCCGAGCGUUCACUAAGGGAACAUCGACGACGUCUUUAGCCGUCUCCACACCUACCAUUGAAGUGACAAAAGAAAAGUCUCCGUCACCACCUGAAGCGAUAGUAAACAAGAAUCUUACGAACAUAGUUCGCAAUCGCACCACUUCAGAGUCCCAGAACUCUGUAUACGCUGAACAAGAGACGGACGAGCUCAUCGCCAUGUUGCGUGAGACUGAAAGCCUGGACGAGCAGGGAGACAUACUGCAGUAUCUCGUCGAUACUCAUGGACUGGACUUUAGUACAGGCAUGCAAGAAAAUGGGAAAAUGGUGACCGUGAAAGACCUUUUAAAGGUUCUUUACGAGAAGGCCUGUACUCAAAAGCUCUGGGGACUCGUCCGUCACACGGCGGGUAUGCUCGGCAAGAGAGUUGAGGACCUCGCAAAGGCUGUAACGGAUUUGUUGGUGCGACAGAAACAGAUUACUGUGGGCAUGCCUCCCAACAAUGAACAUACUAUCACCGCUCCGUUGCCAGAGAAUGAAUUGAGGCAGCUUAUACAUCAGGCGUAUGGUGACGACGAGAGUACAGCCAUGUUGACUCAGGAGCUGCUGGUCUACCUCGCCAUGUUUAUCCGCACUGAACCACAACUCUUCCUAGAGAUGUUACGACUUCGUGUCGGACUUAUCAUACAGGUUAUGGCCACAGAGUUGUCGCGAACGUUGUCAUGUGACGGUGAAGAGGCAUCUGAACAUUUGCUGAACUUAUCACCUUUUGAGAUGAAGAAUUUGUUACAUCACAUCCUCAGCGGAAAGGAGUUUGCCAUCAAUAGCGCAAACUCACUGUUUGUAAUAAAAGGAAAAAUCAGUAAAAGUAAAGUUGGUCGCGGUAACUUCUCUAUAGUGAGCAACAAAUCUCAUAGAUAUGGAAAGAAGUCACAGAUUGUUCUAGAGGGCCAAUCUCUACAGGGCGGCAUUGAAGAAGCACCUAUAACUGAGCCAGAUCGUCAGGGCCAAUGGUUGCGUCGACGCAGGCUCGACGGAGCAUUGAACCGCGUGCCACGUGACUUCUACCCUCGCGUGUGGGGUGUCUUGGAAAGGUGUCAAGGUUUAAUUAUUCAAGGAAAGAUCUUGCAACCGAAUUUGACUCAAGAGAUGACGUCAGGAGAGUUGAAAUUCGCGCUUGCAGUGGAAACAGUACUGAAUUCGAUCCCACAGCCGGAGUACAGGCAGUUAGUUGUGGAAGCCCUCAUGGUGUUGACAUUGGUCGUGGAGUAUAAGGCCGUAGCGCACCUGGGAGGAACUAUUGAGGUCGAGAGUCUGGUCCACAGAGCCAACCAAAUAUUCUUAGAUGACCAGAUGCGAUGCAACGGCGACGCAACUCUGUGUUGCGCAAAGGAGGGGUCUCGUGGGGGUUCUCUAGUCUGUGGCGGCGCGGCCGGGGUCUGUCAACAUUUGUACGACAGCGCGCCGUCUGGCUCGUACGGCACCAUGACGUACCUGGCGCGGGCUGUCGCGGCACUACUGGCAGACACCAUGCCUCUCGACUCGCCCAUCGAGUGCACCAUCACUUAAUGUUACUACUCCUUUACUUGCCAUAUAGAUCGUAGUUAGAAAAGGUAAUGGGAUGUUCCAAGCUAGUAAUUUUUUCGAAAUGUACAAAACGAGAUUUGCUACAAGAUUGUACUAGCGUCUACUAACAUUUCGCGAAAAGCUUUAGUACAAAAAUACGAUAACCAAGUAUUCGUAUUAAAGUGGUAUACGCUUUUACAUUAAAAAAAUAUUUUUGGCUUAGGAGACAUCCCACGUGAGUGAUUGGCUAUGACUACAGCGAGGGUUUACCGUCCGGUGCCCCAUAAACUUUGUUGCUACAAAUUAUACUUAGUAUGAAAUUAUACUAUUAGAAAUAAAAAUUCUUGCAAUAUAACCCGCAAUACGAGUUAAAUUCGAAUGAAAUUCGAUCCUUCUCUGAUCUAUAAUUUUGAACAAAGACAGCUCUUAUAAGUGCCAAUAUCUAAAUAUAAGGCGCAAAAUGACAAUCGACCUUCUUAUCAUCGUUGUUUGACUAGUUUAUCUCGUCGAAAACUAGACAUAUAUCUUGGAGCGAAUAUAAUUCUUCUCCAAUAAUUGUUACACAAAAUAAAUUUAUAUUUACCUAAGCAUGUACUUAUGUCCCAGAGAGUGUGACCUUGAAAUGACAGCAGUGUAUUAUGUAAUUACGCAAACAUGUUCUCUAGUUGUUCCAAUGUUGACAUUGUAGAUGUUACUUCGUGUCUGUCUCUAUUUAAAUGCAUCAUAGGUUGUGUGGCAUUGUGCCAUUACUAUAACAAUAUCCAAUUGCAAUCUCAAAUAGUAUUUCUUAGGGAACAUCUUUUUUUUAUGACUUUUAUACAUGUUAUGCCAUUUAAAUACUUUUUUCUUUAUUAAAAUAUCAUGUUAUCAACUAUAGUCACAAAGUUUUAAUACUUUUGUGAACAUAUUUUUGGGUUUUUUAGUAUUGUAUCAUUAACUACAGAUAUUAAGAGGUAUUAUUGUAAUCAUAAAAUACUGAUUUAU